AUGGAUAGACGGUCUUUUUCAUCCGAAAAAAGACCAAACUUAACGGGAAAUGAAGUCCCGAAGGGACAUUUUGCUGUGUAUGUUGGUGAAAAUGAAAAGAAGCGGUUUGUGAUGCCGGUUUCAAAAAUGGCCAUCCGUAAAAUGUUGAAACGGUCUUUAUCCAGUGAAAAAAGAUCGGCUGAAGUUCCGAAAGGACAUUUUGCUGUUUAUGUUGGGGAAAACGAGAAGAAGAGAUUUGUUAUUCCGGUUUCGUAUUUGAACCAUCUUUUAUUUCAAGAACUGCUUCUCCAAGCUGAAGAAGAAUUCGGGUUUUAUCAUCCAAUGGGAGGCCUUACAAUUCCGUGUAGUGAGGAUUUAUUCAUUGAUCUAACCUCUCGCAUGAGCUGA